AGCAGGGGCAAUCAAGAGGAGCUGUCAAAUAUUGUGUAUUGGCGUCACCAGGAGCUUUGCAGGGGGCGGGCAGCCAUCGGUACGGUGUGCUGACGGUGUUCUACCCCAGCAGCAGCGAGCGACAGGCAGCUCAAUUGAGGAGAAGCGUCGCUGACAGUGCAGGACCUUGGGUUACCUUGCACCUCCAGGCAGGCAGUAGAGCGGCAGACCAGCAGCACAUGGUCACUUAGAGCCCUUGGAAAGAACACCACAGAGGCCACUCCAGAUCCAAAACUGGCACCUACAACCACCGCCCCUCCCCAGAUCGUCAAAAUGGACAUCAACAAUGCUAAGUUUGAAAUGAUCAAGGACAUCGGCAGCGGCAACUUUGGCGUGGCCAAGCUGAUGAAGGACCGGCUGACUGGGGAGCUGGUGGCUGUCAAGUUCAUUGAGCGUGGCGACAAAAUAGACAAGAAUGUGGAGAGGGAGCUGAUCAACCACCGCUCGCUGCUGCACCCCAACAUCAUCCGCUUCAAGGAGGUGUUUGUGACGAGCACACACUUGGGCAUCGUGAUGGAGUAUGCAGCGGGCGGCGAGCUGUUUGACCGCAUCGUCAAGGCCGGCCGUUUCUCAGAGGACGAGGCCCGCUACUUCUUCCAGCAGCUCAUAUCCGGCGUCGAGUACUGCCACAGCCAGGGGGUGUGCCAUCGCGAUCUAAAGCUAGAGAACACACUGCUGGACGGCAGGCCUGCGCCGCGCCUGAAGAUCUGCGAUUUCGGCUACUCAAAGUCGGCUGUAUUCGACUCGCAACCCAAAUCCACCGUCGGCACUCCGGCAUACAUUGCACCAGAGGUGCUCUCCCGGAAACACUACGACGGAGAGAUAGCAGAUGUAUGGAGCUGUGGGGUCACGCUGUAUGUGAUGCUGGUCGGUGCAUACCCCUUUGAAGACCCCAGCGACCCCAGGAAUUUCCGGAAGACCAUCCAGCGGAUCAUGGGGGUGAAGUACAGCUUCCCGGCAAACCUGGCGCUGUCGCGGGAGUGUGUGGACCUCAUCUCCAAAGUGUUCCAGGCCAACCCCAGCAACCGCAUCUCCAUUUCCGGCAUCCGCUCCCACCCCUGGUUCCUCAAAAACCUGCCCGAGGAACUCAUCGACGGUGGCCGCGCUGCCCAAGCCCUUAUGCAGCCGAGCAAGCAGUCAGUGGAGGAGGUGAAGAGGGUGGUCUCAGAUGCAAGGCACAAGAUGCAGGUGGCACCUCAGCCCGGCAUCAACGGCACAUUCAAUGAGGAAGACUUCAUGGAUGGCGAUCUUGUCGAUGACAUGCACUGACCUGCCUUCACACGGCUGCAUGCGCGCUGAACUCAGAAUAGACGUUGCUGUCCAGUACCCGUUUGAAUGCCUCACGGUGUUGACUGGUUGCCUCCACCAACUGUGGUGCAAAUGCCAGACUUGGGGGGAUGAUGGGCCUCGCUCUGGUCAGUUUCUGGUUUGCCGCGUUGGCACCCUGAUGCAUAUCUCCUCCCUGACUCAAGCUGACAAUACAUUGCAAGCCAGGCAUUCUCAUGUUGAGUGUCCUUCAUUGACGUUCGAUUCGGCAGCAUGGAGCUUGGAGCAUGUGCAGGUAAUGAGCAGCUUGCAAGUUGUAGCUGGGGCCAGACAAUAUAUUGCAGUGUGUUUACUCCUGCACGGUUGGCAGUGUCUACAAACUGGACCCGUGACAGUAGCAUUCAGUAUCUAUUACCGCUCAAAGACGGGAUGGGCCUGUGUACUUUUCUUUGCUUUUGAGAAGAUCAGAGUACGGGCUGCCAGUUGUGAAACAUACUGCCAGACUCAGGCUCUCAAAGUGAGACAUUGCUGAAUACGUUCAUAACAAGGGCACUCGAUAUUUGUAGCUACUCGAUAUUUGUAGCUCCGUUGAGAUUAGAGCUCCCAAUAGGAUCAACUUCUUGUCAGAACGCAUGUAGUUUGCACCAUAUGAUGCAUCCACUUGGAAGUGUAGCAGCAUGCAUGGGUGCAGAUGGCCAUGCGCUAAAUUUCUGAUUCCUGGUGCUAGCAGAGCGCUCACAGCCAGCAUAUGGGAUCUGUUUGCAGUCAAUCUUUUUCCGUCCAUUGAGCUUGGUGUAUCUGCGCUGUAAAUCAGCCGGCCUCCAUUGACUU